CAAACUAUAAAAGCGGGGAACAUUAGCUGUUGCGCUUCAGUCGGAAAGAUAGAUUCAUCGGCGAUACAAUACAUCACAACCAGUUCGAGCAAUGAGUAAAGAGAGCGAGCUUUCGAGUGCCGUGACGAGCGCUCUAUUGGAGCUCUACCAGCGCCACCAUGAGCCCAUAGACUCGCAGCCGAUGGCGGGAGUGGGUGAGAAUGCCUACGGACAGGUCCUUCGCGUCAGUUGGCCCACUGUUUCUAAAGCGGCCAGUCUAGUGGUUAAGAUGGCACCCAAGAACGAAGCAAGGAGGUCCCACAUGCACGUGGUGGACUACUAUGCCCGUGAGGUCUUCAUGUACCAGGAGGUAUUUCCCAUCUUCAGGAACCUAUCAGCAUUCACUGUGACGCCCGCACUCAAGGCCAAUGGCAUGAAGGCUCCCGAUGAGUUCCUCAUCUUUGAGGAUCUAUCUGAGAGUGGCUUCCGGCCCAACUCGCGCAGCUUGAUGCCCACCUAUGAUAUUGUGAUUUGCUCUCUGACGGCUCUAGCGGAGCUCCACGCCUGCUCCUUCAUCCUACAGAAAAGGGAUCCAGAAAAGUUCAGAGAACUGGUAGCAUCCGUGAAAAAGGAUAACCUCUUUACACCCAAUAUCGAGGAGGUUACAAUUGAAUUUGGAAAAGCACAGCUAAGAAGGGCACGAAAUAUUUUAGAUGACACGGAUGGAGACCAUGCCGAAGUUGGUGCUAUGCGAGAGGUCCUGGAGCGAUGUGAAAAGUAUUUAAAGUCCUUGGCGCUCUACUGCGUAGAUGGGAAAUCACAGGCACCACAUGCAGUCAUCUGCCACGGCGAUUUCUGGAAUAAUAAUAUCCUAUACAGACAUGAGCCCCUUGGUCGACCUGUAGAAGCCAAGCUCAUUGACUUUCAGAUGUCCCGAUAUGCACCUCCAGUUCUUGAUAUAGUCCAUUACCUUUUUGCCUGUACGGAGAAACAAUUGCGCGAUGAACACUUUCCUGCUUUUAUGAAUGCGUACUACGACACCUUGGACCAAAGAUUAGCCUCUCGUGAUCUUCGUCUGGAGGAGAUAUAUCCACGCAGCGUCUUCAACCGACAAUUGCAACUCUUUGGAGUUUACGGCUUAAUAAUGGGUGCCUUUUCACUUCCUUUCUUCAUUUCCAAUGCGAACGAGGUCCUUGAUAUCGAUACAGUUUCUGAAGCAAUCCAGGAUCUCUCGGACUCUUCGGACGAAUCCAAGUACAAGGAUCUAAUUGAGGAAUAUGAUAUGCUUAAUGAGCGUACAUUGCCCAUUUUUAGGCGCCGUAUACUCGGGAUAGUCAAGGAUUUAAUCAAAUAUAAGAUGACAGAGCCGCUUUUUGAAAUGGAUUCCUAGGCCCUAGAGCUACAGUAUUA